AUGCAUAAACAACUCCCAAAUUAUAUACUAACUCCAUCCACACAUUAUAUCACAAAAACGCCUGAAAAAGCAAUCAAUACAUCACCUUUUAGAGGAUCAAGUUUUAGUGAUAAAUAGUCGAUGACACCAAACAAAUAAAAUAUUGGAUAUCACUAUGUUCAAUAAUAAACUAUAAACCAAAAUACGAAACAUUAGAUUCCAUAUUACGAGAAUGCCUCUCCAUUAGUUCACGAAAGCAAAUAGCAUUUAAUGUAAAGAGUUUAGAAUCUGGAGGAGAAUUUAAGAGAGAUUGUAAAAAAGUAUGACCAAUCAAAAGAGGAUUUAGAGAGAGAAAGAACCAUAAAGUACGACUCAAAUAGAAAUUACUCUUAAUUAUAUUAAAGAUAUUAGGACUAAGAGAGGGAAGUGUUGAAAUACUAAUAGGUAGCAAAAUCCAUAGAAACUAUGUAAAAACAGGUUUAAAGAGAACUUUAAGAAUAAAAGGAAAAGUGGAAUGCUAAGAAUAAUGAAAUUUAGGAACAAAAAAAGGUUUAAGAGAAGUUAUAAAGUAUUUUGAAAUAGAAGGAAAGAGAGAUUAAUGAUUUUAAAUUAAAGUUGAAAGAAGAGAGGGAAUUUAGGUCAUACGAAAAUCAAAGAUUGGUUUAGGAAUUCACCUAAACAUACUAGGAUUUAACUCUAUAGAAUGAUUAAUUAAUCCAAGAAAACAAUGAAUUAAGAACAUUAAUCUUAGAGAUUGAUAAUUAACCUUAACCAUAUUCUUCAGCAAAUUAAUCAUAGUAAAAUAUUUAAGCUGAUUCUGAUUACUUGGAGGAUCCAUAAUUGAGACAAAUCGUAUAACAAUAUCUAACAAAAAAUGAAGAAAGUUAUUUAGAUCAAAUAUCGGAUAAAUAACUUAGAGCUGCUGUUUCAAUAAUUAAGGAGAUAUUUCAAACUGUUACAUCAUAACAAUUGAAAGAAAUUAAAUCUUAGCAAUUUCAACAGCCUAAAUAAAUUAGCGAGGAAAUUGAAAUAAACUUACUAGAGGCGAGAAAAAAUAGAGAGUUUCUUAUCAAAGAGAUAAAAAAUAAGAUGGAUAAGAUUGUAAAGUCAAAAGAAUUCGAUUUGAUAGAAUUUAAUGAAAUACAAAAAGAAAUAGAAGAGCUAAAAAAACAACUAAGCUCUGUGGAGAAUAUUAUUUAGGAAAUGGAGUAAUAAUUAAUCUUGAAUCCACAUCGAAAUAGUUGUGUUUCUUUUGACGAUCACGAGUUCUAAUGA